GGCUGCUGGAUGCUCCAUGAUGGAUGAGGGAUGACAGAUCGGGGUUAGCCGCCAGGGGAGUCCAUUUUCCUGCAGCGCACGGUCCUACACCAGGACCGAAGAAAGGAAGAUAAGGAGAGCGCAUCAACCGCUCCCCCCUCUCUCUUCCCCUCUUGUUUCACUCUCCCUCCUCUCCAGUGCAUCACAGUCUAGCGGGCUUUACACACUGACUGCACCGCAUUGAUGCUGCUGCUGCCGACCCAACCCAGUGAACUAACACUCAGAUAGAAGCACAACUGGGAAAUGCAUGUUGUAGAGCGUGGGCUUGGAAAUGCGUCAUUCUGCAAUAUUUGUUGACUCCCUUCUGGAUCCGACAAUCUCAACUCUUUGAAAGCUGACGGAGACACGGCGCUUUUGGGAUUUUUUUUUUUUUUUUUCGCAGCCGGGUUUGCAGACGCAGCUCAUCAUGAGGAUGGACUGAAGCUGCGCUCGGUGAUAUAACUCCUGGAUCAUGCAGGUUCUGCAGCCUUGGACGUUAGUUAUAAUACUCGCCCAUGCGCAUGUGUUGUUAUCCCUGAAGAACAGUAAUGCAGAAGCUGGGAGCCAAGACGACAGUAACAGCAGCGGCUACUCUGGCAGGACUUUCCACGGUCCGCCCCGGGAGAGCCGCCAAAACAAAGCCCGAGACCGCGCGCUCUUCCCGGGACACGCUACAGGUGCGACCCUGAACUCCACUCGACCGUGGAAGAGGGCGGCAGCGGGGGAAACGAGGCGAGCCGGACACGCUAAACGCGACUUCAAUAGGAGCGUGACACCCGUGGAGGAUCCUGGCGGGUUGUCCCACUGGGACGCUACGCGCCACCAUAAUAAGAGGAUAAAGUUGAAUGGUGCGGGGACGCCGGCAGGUGGACACUACAAUGCGGCUAAGCUUCCUUCAAUGGCUCGAGAAGACGGAGGAGGGGUAACGGAGGAGGGGGACAAGCACCAGAGAGGCUCAAAGGCAGGAAAGCGGUGGAGAAACAAGCAGAACAGGAGCGCUGUGGUUAUGCCGCCGUGGGAACCCGUCCCCAAACCGGUGGCUCUCACCUCCACCGACCUCCCGUUUGACCUCUUCACCAGGAGGCCAGAGGUUUUCACCUUCAAGGAGGAGAACCCGUGGGAUGCCACACCGAUCACCCCUCCUGGCUCGCCGGAUUUUGGAGACGAGAUCAAGAACCCGUUCUACCCAGUGACGACCGAAACUUUUGGCGCUUACGCGAUCACAUGCGUAUCCGGCGUGAUUUUCCUGGUGGGCAUAGCGGGCAACAUCGCCAUCCUGUGCAUCGUGUGCCAGAACUACUACAUGAAAAGCAUCUCCAACUCUCUGUUGGCCAACCUCGCCGUGUGGGAUUUUGUGCUCAUCUUCUUCUGCCUCCCCAUGGUGGUUUUCCAUGAGCUCACGAAGUCAUGGCUCUUGGGGGAGUUUACCUGCAGAGUGGUGCCAUACGUGGAGGUUGCCUCCUUAGGUGUGACAACCUUCACCCUUUGCGCACUCUGCAUUGACCGCUUCCGUGCAGCCACAAAUGUUCAGAUGUACUAUGAGAUGAUUGAGAACUGCACAUCUACAACAGCCAAGCUAGCAGUCAUCUGGAUCGGUGCCCUCCUCUUGGCCCUCCCAGAGCUCCUCAUUCGACAGCUUGUAGCAGAAGAUACAGGGCUCCCGGACGAGCCCCCAGUUGAACGCUGUAUUAUCAGGAUAUCCACAUCCCUUCCUGAUAUGCUCUAUGUGCUUGGUCUGACCUAUGAGGGUGCUCGACUUUGGUGGUGCUUUGGCUGCUACUUCUGCCUCCCGACUCUCUUCACCAUUGGCUGCUCGCUCGUGACGGCACGUAAGAUUCGGCACGCCGAGCAGGCCAGUGUUCGCAGCAAUAAGAAGCAGAUCAGGCUGGAGAGUCAGAUGAACUGCACAGUUGUGGCUCUGGCAAUCGUGUAUGGUGCAUGUGUGGUGCCCGAAAACAUAUGCAACAUAGUAUCUGCGUACAUGGCAGCUGGUGUUCCAGAGCACACCAUGUCCGUCCUGCAUCUCCUCUCUCAGCUGUUGCUGUUCUGUCGGGCCGCCGUGACACCGGCGCUGCUGCUUCUGCUGUGUCGUCCAUUAGGGAGGGCAUUCCUGGACUGCUGCUGUUGUUGCUGCUGUAACCACGUACCCUCUUCAGCCACAGCCAGUGAUGAUAACGAGCAUGAGUGCACUACUGAACUGGAGCUGUCGCCGUUCAGUACUAUCCGCAGGGAACUGAGUAACUACACACCUGCUGGCUCCAACUGCUGAGCUGACAGUCCUGUUCAGGGAGGGAGAUUUCACUGGCAUGUUGGUGGCUUGUGUUUCUUGUGCUUGGCUAGGAGAGAUUUUGCCUUAUCUAGUCUCCACGCAUUUUGUAAAUGAGCGCACAAAUGAGGUUGGACACCAAAAAUGAAAAUCACCUUUAGCCAACGGCCCACAAGUCUCAACUUUUUAAAAGUCUAACCUUUAUUUUCCAAGAACAGCUAACAAAAACAAAAUAUUUUUCACACUCACAGCCUUGGGUGCUAUUCAAACAAGGACAAUACAUAUUUUUAGCAAUCCUGCCUGAAACCUUUAGGACUCACAAACCUCCACUCUGUCAGGCACUAGUGCCCAAAUGUAAGGAGAAGUUGGCAUGGCCCCCUUUCCCUCUGGCCCGGUUUUUCUGGAAUUAUCCUUGAAGCAUAUUUCCAUCACCUCCCAAAUUGAUUGCCACCCCUAUAAAUUGUAUACACUCAACAACAACAGUUCUAUUCUGAAACAAAACUUUGAAGAUUUUUGUAACUUACUUUUCUUGAAUCACGUUUUCUUGCAUUUCCCAUCUUGAAAAGUUCCUAGGAGAAAGUGACACCUGCGUCAUUCGCACUUGAUCGAGCUUCUCAGACUGGAAAAUACAAAAAAAAAAAAAAUCACAUUUCAUAAUCAGUGCUUUAGGUCACACUUCAAAAUCCAAACAGAUAAAUCAGGAGCAAGUAACCAAACAUAGUUAGCAAAUUGUUGAAAAUGCAAACAUUAAAACCAAUAACAUUAAAAAGUCAAAUCUGUGCACAAAUCUAGCUUUCACAUCAGUCAAAACUUAAAACAUCAUAAAACAGAGGAUCCCAGACUUCUUAUCCCAAAUUACAGCAUCUACUGAUGCUGACUACAACCCUUUAAUAUAAUAAGACAACAUCUGAAAAGAAAUCCGAAUGGAGAUGUUUUCUAUAAAGACCAGUGGAGUUUCAGUUUGUCCAGCAUCGUCAAGCUUAUGUGGGGAUGCUGAAGCGGGCAUUUCCUCUUGUCUAAGAGGCCUUGUCUAUGUAAUGAUGACUGGGUCUUUCAACUGGACAGUGCUGCAGUUGACAACACCCUUCUCAAAAAAGACUGCUACCAGGAAAGCAACAUUGCUCUUCUGGAGCAUCCUGCAUAUUGAACUAACUUAAGUUCCUUUGAAAACAGGAAAGGAAGCUAAUGCACAGCCUUUUGAGUUUCAAAACAAUUUUCAAUCACAUGCCUUUUUUUUUAUUUUUCCUUGUGCUCUUGUUCCUCGUAUUGCAUUUAAAGUUCAAUUUAUAACCUGACUGUGAUCAGGGAUUAUGAAAUGUGAAUAGCCAUAAAUUUUUACUCAGUCUUGAAAUUUUGAUCAGGAAUGUCUUUAAAGCAGCAGCAUGUAACUUUUAUAAAAUCUGUUUGUAAAAGUUAUAUACUUUGGCUUUAAAGGAAGUUGCAGAUUACCAUUUAAAGGUUAAGUGACAGUCGAACUACUCUGUCUAGGAAAGAGUUAAGUUUAUGUCGAAAAUGCUUUUCUGCUACAUCUACAGGAAUUGUUAGGGUACUGUGGGUUUACCCUCCUGCUGUUAUCAUAAGUCAUAAUUUACAGACAUUAAAUUUAGUGUGAAAUUAUGAUGCAGGGGUUUUUACUUUUUUAUCAGGGGUGCCAAUAAAUGUAAAUAAUAAGGCAGUUUGUUUAAAGAAAAAUGUAAACACAAAUGUCCUUUGCCUUUACAAAUAAUGUUUAUAUACAAAGAAUCCCUGUCACCAUCAACCUGGAAGAGAACGAUUCCUAAUCAUCUAAAAAUUGUGCCACUGUUCAUUAACAAGACAAAGAUUAAUUAUUGCGUGUAUUUUGUACAACUCUCAGAUACAUCGUCCUUCUAAAAGGCCUACACUGCCUACUCAAGUACACAACUGUGUUUACAGACUGAAUCAGUGCAAAUGUACAGUUCCUAUGACGCGGCAGUGCACAUAAGGGAGCGAAGCUCACAACUAUUUAAAAAGUGAUUCUGGUGGUUUGCAGGAAAAAAACAGACAAGUGUCUGCACUGGAGAAUUCGGAUGUACACGACAACUUUUAAGACUGUUUUACAGAAAUAUCUGGUCGAUCCAGAAGAACUGGAGCUGGUCUCAGAGAACUGCAAAAAUGGACACAGGCGGAACUUAAAAGGGACUUAAAUGAUUUUAAACAGAUUUAAUUUGAAUUAAGCCAAAUGGUAUGGAUUUAAAAUGCUUCGAACUGAAUUGACUAAAGUAAACAUCAAAGGAGUGGUUAGUUAUAGCAUAUAGCUGAACGUGACCGACUUGGGACUUUGCUGUAUACUCUUGUAUUGUGUCAUGCCUUACACAUUGGGGGUUGUAUAUAAACUGUACAAUUUCUAUGGUGCUCUUAUGAUAAAUGCCCUGUGUACAGCAGAUCAAUAUGUUUGACUUGGAACCACAAGUAACCAAGCUGCGUGUGUCAUUUUGGAUCAAAAACGCCAGUUAAUUAAUUGCCAUAAAUUCACCUUAACCUUGAAAAAUAGUUUUCCCACAAUGUUCAAAAGAGCUGAGCUUAAUUUGGAGUCACACUAUUCUACAGUAAUGUUUACUAGGUCUCUUUCUGAGACUGACAGACAUUGCAUACUCAAGCAGAUGCAUUUUUUUUUUUUUUUACAAUAACAGAAAUUUGAGAAUUGCUUUAGGAUUAUUAGGGCAAUAAAUAUAAUUGGUAAAAGAGAUAAUAUAGGGUUUAAACAAUACAUUGUAAAUAAGUGAAAAAUAGGAAAGAAUUGUAAAUAUACAAUAAAUAAUACCUGUAAUAUCAAUCUUUGUAAAAUGUAAAUACAAAAUGUUUUUUCUACCAUAACUUCACUUUAUAUUUCUGUACUCUACGCAUUGUGCUACAUACAUUAAAGUACUAUCAACAUUUUAGAAAAACACAUUUUUGACAUUGUUUUUAAAGUAAUGAUCCGGUCACAUCAAACACCAAAUAGCUUGAUUAGCCAGGUAUAUACAGAUUUAUAUUUUAGAUUGGUUGAUUAUUUCUUCCUUGUAACAAUGCUUAGUGAUAGACAAAGGUUUGUUCAUUUCACUUUAAAGUUAAUUUCACUUUAAAUGAUGCCACAUUUAUAAGUAAAACAUUUAACCCACAACGCCUCCACCAACAACAAGAUGAUAAUGUGCGUAGCUCACAAAUGGGAAAUUUAAGGGGAAAUUAACAAGAUAAAAUUUAUUUUCAAGUAUUCCACCAAGCACAGAUAACCUUGUUUUUGUCAGACGUACCUUUUCAAAAACAUAAACUUUACAUCGGCAGAAACCUUGUUGACCUCAAAUGCUCCUUGCAGUUUCAUUACUUGAGCUUUUAAGAUUAACUAAUGAAGCUUUUCACAUGGCAUUUACAUGUGUCUUGUACUGUAAGUCUUUUUCUUGAGUCGACGAAUCAUCCCUGAGUCAACAUAAGGGUAAAAUUACUGCUUAUAAGAACCCAAGCAGAUAUUUUAAAAGAACCGCUAUGUGAACAUUUGGCAAAGGAAGCAUUUUUGAAAAUGUUCUGUACAUGAACUUUGUGGUGACCCAAGUUUGAUGUUCAUCAGUCUACUGUAUAUUGCGAAGACCUUUUGCAUACAAUCCUGCACUGCCAAACACCUUUUUUCUGUCUCUUGUGGUUGUAGCACUAUUUCUCUGGGAGUCUCUCUCAGAUCAGAAGCCACUUUACUUUUCUCUCCAUCAUUAGGAUUGUCCUAGUAAAAAGACAUAUUAAGUCUACUACUGCACUUAGACAAACUUUACACAACAAGUUUGUAGCCUCUCUGGGUAGAUGUAGCCUCUGGUUGGUGCUGGCUGCACUACAUUAAGCAGUUCUUUGACAUUACGCCCUAUAAUCUGUGUGAUAACUCUUAUUACAAUCACUAAACGUGCCACUACUGAGGACUAGUAUAUAAAUUCAAAUAGUGAUGCAGUUUUCUCACUGUCUCACUCACUGGAGUUUUUAUGGAAGCAACAAGAAAACUCCAUACUGAAAGAUUUCAGGCUGGGAUUCGAACCCAGGACCUUCUUGCUGCAAAGCAACAGCAAGCUACUGCUCAACGGUGCAGCACAUAGUUCUCACAUUAAUAGAUUUACAACUCUUUUGUAAUUUAAUAAGUGCUUACUGAUGGGACUGACUUGUAAUCUGGCUUCUGAACCUGAUUAUUAUUAUUAUUUUUUGCAUAUUCCUGAAAGUAUAGCUCAUAAAUGGCUCAGUGUGUAGUAAUGUGGUUGAAACUAUUGAUGAAGUGAAUCUUGUUAAUCAGUCAGUGAGAUGUUUCCUCUGAACUUUGUGAGUCCUUUCUUCACUCUGAGCUAAAUGUGUCUGUAUUUGAUACCUGAAAAUGUAAGCACACAACCACUGUAGUCCCCAAGUCUAGUCACUUGUUUCUAAAUAGCUUUUAUAUAGCCAAAAAUUGUCCCUUUGUUUAUCAAAGAACUUUCUCUUGAAAACUGUAUAUUAAAAUCCUAAAUGUAC